CAUUUCAGUAUCUGAAUCUGCAACCAAAAAUCUCUUGACUAUCCAUAACCAGUGACAGAGAGAGUAGCAGAGACAGCAGUAAUUUGUAAAAUGAACCAGAAAUCCGUUAUGUCCUCACUGUAUGUGGGUGGUCUGCACCCUGAGGUGAUGGAGAACAUGCUUGUGGAGAAAUUCAGCCCUGCAGGACGAAUUCACUCCAUCAGGCUCUGCAGGGACAGGAAGACCGGCUCUUCACUCGGCUACGCUUUCGUCAAUUUUCAUCGUCGAGCUGAAGCUGAGCGAGCAUUGGAAAUGCUCAAUUAUGAACCCCUCAUGGGGCGGCCCAUGCGUAUCAUGUGGUCUCAUAAGGAUUCAUCCCUCAGGAACACCGGCAUGGGAAAACUGUUUGUCAGGAAUUUGGACAACUCCAUUGGCAACAUGGCCCUUCAUGACAUCUUCUCCACCUUUGGGAAAGUCCUUUCCUGCACGGUUGUAAAUAAUGAGACCGGGUCAAAAGGGUAUGGCAUUGUCCACUUUGAGUCUCUGGAGGCGGCGAAUAUGGCGAUAGAGAGGCUCAACGGCAAACUGCUAAACGGCUGCAAAGUGUUUGUUGAACGCUUCAAACCCUAUGAGGGGCACAAGGCUGAGGCGGGUCCCCACUCCCAAGACUUCACAAACAUAUAUAUCAGGAACCUGGGUGAAGUCGUGGAUGAAACAAAACUGAAAAACAUCUUCAGCAAGUUUGGUCCUGUGCUGAAAGUUCAUGUGGAGACAGACGAGGACAAACGUUCUGGCUAUGUAAAAUUUGAGAAGCACGAGGAUGCACAGAAGGCUGUGGAGGAGAUGAAUGGGAUGGUGAUGUACGGCAAGCAGAUGUAUGUGACCCAAGCGCAAACGAAAGCAGAGCAACCCAAUCACAAGUUUGAGCAGGUGAAGAUGGAAAAUUGCCGCUCCAGGGGGUCUGGCUUUGUGCACCCCUCAUCUUCCCAGGAAGCCACGAAGGCCAGGAAUCUGCACUGGACUGCGCAGACCAUGGAGCCACAACGUCAGUUACAGCUGUCUGAUGUCCAGAAUAUGCCCGAUGGUGUUGAACCUGCCCCGGGGCAUCAGCAGACCAGUGGAACCAUCACACCAUCAAGCAGUCAGGUGCCAUGUGUGACUGUAGAGAGUACAGUUAUAACUACACCAACAUCUGUAGAUACUGUUCAAGUGGCAGACUCAGAGCCAGCUGUAGAAAGUGUCUCAGCUGAACACACUGUUCCAGCUGUAGAAAGUGUCCCAGCUGAACACACUGUUCCAGCUGUAGAAAGUGUCCCAGCUGAACACACUGUUCCAGCUGUAGAAAGUGUCCCAGCUGAACACACUGUUCCAGCUGUAGAAAGUGUCCCAGCUGAACACACUGUUCCAGCUGUAGAUAGUGUCCCAGCUGAACACACUGUUCCAGCUGUAGAAAGUGUCCCAGUUGUCGACACUCUUCCAGCUGUAGAAAGUGUCCCAGUUCCAGCUGCAGAUAAGCUUCCAGCUCCAACUCAAGCUCCAAAUGCAGAUGUUAUAUGUCUUCCUUCUACAUGUAUGGUGUCUGAAAGUGAAGCGGGUAAUAUGGCGAUAGAGAGGCCCAACGGCAAACUGCUGAACGCCCGCAAAGUGUUUGUUGAACGCUUCAAACCCCGUGAGGAGCACAAGGCUGAGGCGGGUCCCCACUCCCAAUUCUUCACAAACAUAUAUAUCAGGAACCUGGGUGAAGUCGUGGAUGAAACAAAACUGAAAAACAUCUUCAGCAAGUUUGGUCCUGUGCUGAACGUCCAUGUGGUGACAGAUGUGAACAGGAAGCCCAAACGUUCUGGCUAUGUAAAAUUUGAGAAGCACGAGGAUGCACAGAAGGCUGUGCAGGAGAUGAAUGGGAUGGUGAUGUACGGCAAGCAGAUGUAUGUGACCCGAGCGCAAACGAAAGCAGAGCGACCCAAUCACAAGUUUGAGCAGGUGAAGAUGGAAAAUUGCCGCUCCAGGGGGUCUGGUUUCGUGCACUCCUCAUCUUCCCAGGAAGCCACAAUGGCCAGGAAUCUGCACUAGACUGCGCAGACCAUCCAGCCACAACGAAACCCUAAAGAUGCUUCAUAACAUCAAUGACAGGAAUAAGAGGAAGAAGAAGAAAAGAAAAGAAAGAACAAUAAAUAAACAUUGUACUCAACAUUUGCACAUAG